ACACUAUGACGCUUACAUCCUGUUUCUCGUUCCUUCAGCUGGCUGGACUAUUCACGGGUGGACGUGUUCUUGCCACCCAACUCACAUUAUCACUGAUAUCGAUAGUCACUGAAGAGUUUACACGGAAAAUAGGAUCACACAUUCCCAACCACUGCAAUGGCAUAUGGUGAACGCGAACGUUCUGAUAGACGAGGAGGAGGAGGUGGAGGCGGUGGUGGAGCACGUGGUGGAGGAGGUAGAUUCGGUGGGCGCGAUGGAGGAGGAGGAGGUAAUCGAUUCAGCAGCAGCAACAGAGACAGCAAUUUCGGGAACAAUAAUUUUAAGAACCGGCAGCCAGGAGAACGUCUGCGCAAGCCGCGAUGGGACAUGAGCACCCUACCACAAUUUAGAAAGGACUUUUAUCAACCGCAUACUAAUGUAAUGGCACGGAGUGUUCAUACUGUGGAGGCAUAUCGUUCCAAUAAGGAAAUCACUGUAAAGGGGACUAACGUUCCAGGCCCCAAUAUUUAUUUUGAGGAAGGCGGUUUUCCAGAUUACGUCCUUAACGAGAUCCGUAGACAGGGAUUUGGUGAGCCAACUGCAAUCCAGGCACAGGGCUGGCCGAUUGCUCUGUCCGGUCGCGACAUGGUUGGUAUAGCACAGACGGGCUCAGGAAAAACGCUAGCAUAUAUUCUGCCUGCGAUCGUGCAUAUAAAUCAUCAGCCUAGAUUGAGCCGGAAUGACGGUCCGAUUGCAUUAAUUUUGGCACCCACUCGAGAAUUAGCGCAACAAAUUCAACAAGUGGCGUCGGACUUCGGUAUGUCUUCGCAAGUGCGAAAUACAUGCAUCUUUGGUGGCGCUCCAAAAGGACCGCAAGCACGUGACCUCGAGCGUGGUGUAGAGAUCUGUAUUGCCACGCCUGGACGUCUUAUAGACUUCUUAGAACGCGGUACCACGAAUUUACGUAGAUGUACAUACUUAGUGCUCGACGAAGCCGAUAGAAUGCUGGAUAUGGGUUUUGAACCGCAAAUUAGGAAAAUUGUAGAACAAAUACGACCUGAUCGUCAAACUCUCAUGUGGUCAGCGACGUGGCCGAAGGAAGUGCGUAAUCUCGCGGAGGAGUUUCUAACGGACUACAUACAGAUCAAUAUUGGCUCCCUGCAAUUGGCUGCUAAUCAUAAUAUUCUACAAAUUGUGGACGUAUGUGAGGAAUACGAAAAGGAAAAUAAACUUAUGAAAUUGCUGGAAGAAAUCUCAAAUGAACCAGAAAAUAAGACUAUAAUAUUUGUGGAAACUAAGAGGAAGGUAGAUGAUAUAACAAGAGCUAUCAAUAGAUAUGGAUGGCAGGCAAUUGGCAUUCACGGAGACAAAAGUCAACAAGAAAGAGAUUAUGUAUUAAACCAGUUCCGGAAUAGCAGGUCUGCCAUCCUAGUGGCUACCGACGUGGCGGCGAGAGGUUUAGAUGUCGAAGAUGUCAAAUUUGUGAUAAACUUGGACUAUCCGUCCAACUCUGAGGACUAUGUACACCGUAUUGGACGUACGGGUCGCUCUCAACGUACAGGAACCGCGUACGCCUUUUUCACGCCCGGCAAUGCGCACAAGGCUGGUGACUUAAUCCAAGUUUUAGAAGAGGCCAAACAAGUUGUCAAUCCGAAACUGUACGAGCUAUCCAGAAAUCCUGGCGUUUAUAAAAGAGGACGAUAUGGUGGACGCAGUGGUGGUGGUGGUGGUGGAGGUGGACGAGGAUCUGGUGGCCGUGGUGGUUCACGAGGUACUCGUGGAGGUCGCGAUACAGGAGAUAGAGGUGGAAGAUUCGACCGCUCUUCCGGUACUGGCGCGAGUGAUCGCGGCAACAAAUGGUCCGGAAGCAGUAGCGGUGGCAUGGGCGGGGCUAGCUAUGGAAGCGGUAAAUCGUUCCCUCAAAACAGCUUCGGGAGUGGAACUUCUGGCGGUGGCUCCAGUAGCUAUAGCCAAAACAAUAGUGGAUACGGCGGGAGCAGCUACAGACAACAAAACGGCUAUUGACUUCGAACGAAUGGUUAAAUAAUGCUCUCAUCUGCGUCCCAGAGGGAAUAGCAGUCGACGAUUGAUAUGAGCUGGCGAGCCCAGAGUCGCAGAGAAUUGUUCCAAAAAAAUUUACACUCACAUUCUCACGAACAUUCGUCUCCUUUCUUUCGUUUCUAGUACGCAUAAACUCUUCAUUAGCUUUAAGUAAUAUUAUAAUAUCAAUUAUACAAGUCACACAUAUGUGGUACAUUUAGGAUAGCUCCUUAAUAUAUUAGGCGGUCAAUUAUAUUGCAUAAUUGUCGCUAUAAUGGAUAUAGUAUUACAAUUUGAUUGGCUUGCCGCUGUACAUUCAAUAAAAUAGUGUAAGAAUGAUACUAUAAACUAAAA